AUGUCCGCCGGUUGUGGCUGUGUUGCAGCUGAUGAUGGUUCUUGCAAGCACACAGCUGCUCUACUAUUUGCAGUAGCUGAAUACGUAGACAGGCAGACUGACAGGGGAACUGCAGUAAGUACCGAUGAGACUUGUGUGUGGACUAAGCCCCGCAAAACAUCCAUACCAGUAAAGGUGGAAGACCUAGAUUAUCGCAGAGAUAAAACAACACCAAGGAAACCUGGUCCCCAACCUAAGAACUACAGACCACUGAGAACAGUGAACAAUACAGACAUUCUCAGGAUUCAAGAGCAUUUAAAAAGGGUAUGUGAAGAAUCUCAUCCCGGUGCAUUAUUUCUGAAGUUAGUGAAAGAUCCACAACUAUUGCCUGUGACUAAUGUGCCGACGAUGCAAGAGAUUUAUACAACUUACAGAUCUUCAGGAAGUAACAUGAUGUUUUUCGAUUACUUAACCCAAAAUACAACAGAGCAGCAUGUAGAAAUUCUAAAAAACCUUCUUCAAUGUGAUCCUGCAUGGUAUGAAGCCAGAAAGGGACGUAUAACAGCAAGCAUUGCUGACUUGGUGAGAUCAGUGAGAGAUGUUCACAAGUGUGAAACAUUAGUCAGUAAGAUUUUGGGAACUGCAAAACCUAUUGAAAACAGUGCUGUAACUUUUGGUAAAGAAAAUGAGCCGGUUGCAAGGCAAUUAUACUCAAUUAGUGAGGUUAAGAAACACAAAAAAUUUGAAGUUAAUGAGUGUGGACUAAUAGUAAUGAAAAAUAAACCAUUUAUGGGAGCAUCACCUGAUGGCACU